AUGGGCGUUCUGGGUUUCCUCCGGUCAAAGGGACAUCCAAGUCCGUGUAUUUGUCAAGUAUUGUAUGUCACAAACGAAACACGAUACCGGUUCUGUACCACUAUCUCCGCCACCCCUCAACUCUUUACAGAUCGAAUUUCCCUCCUUUCCAUCUUUUCUCAACCUCUACCUAGGCAGGACUUUUCCACAGCAAUUGAUUCUUCUCUCAAUUUGUUCAAUUUCCUAGAUCGCUCCAUCUUCGACUCCCGCUGGGAUCCAUCGCAGGGCCCAUCAGGUCGCAAAUUCAAUGGUUAUCAGAUCGGUGCAUUCCCAGAAAUACGCUUGACAGCGCCAUCCCCAGCCCCGACCUCCGGCCAAGUUGAUCCGCUCCGAACAAGCGAUUCUCCCGCAGAGCGCAGCGCCUGUCAAUGUACGUCCCCCCCGGCUCUCUCUCACUGAAUCCGUCCUCCUCUUCCCACUUCAGAGACACCGAACACACUUCGUCUGCGCCUCCGAGCCUCCAUCCUCUCGUUUCUACCCCGUCGCGUGGUUUCUUCGGAAGAAGACGCCACCGGUGAUCCUGAG